GCCUCAGGAGCAGGAGCAGGAGCAGGAGCGGGGCAAUGGCGGACGGAAGGCCGGGCCGGCGGCGGGGCUCUCCUGGUUGCCCCCCGGCUACCCGGAGGCAGACCCCCCCCGAGGCCUCGCCCAACCCGCCCGGAGACCUGCUCGCCAAGGAGGAGGAGUAUAAACGGUUAAAUGCGGAACUGGAUGCAAAAACACUAGAACUGGUUCACCAGGCUGACAGAGUAAUUAAAGAGCAACAGGAGAUACUGUCUAGAACGAUUUCAUCUCAGAUUAAAUUAACUACCGAAGAAGACGACAAUUUGAGAGAUCUGCAAUCUUCUGGAGGCUCAAUUCUUCCUCCUUCAAAUGCUAAGCAAACAAAGAACAAAAAACAUGCCCCCGGAGCUACAGGGCAGAACAAGCUACAAUCUAGGACUAAGGGAAAGAAAGCACCCUCAAGAAGCGCUGAGUUACAAACUGCUGAUGAUGGUGCCAUCCUAGAAGACAUUACAGACUUUUCUCUUGCAAAGACGUUUAGCAACAUUGAAGGAACACUUGAUGGGGAAGGUUUUUCUAAUAACGUAGACGAUAUAUUCCCUGGUGCUGGCAGAGACAUUGGAUCAGAAGCCCAGAUCAGACUUCUCAAGGCAAAGCUACGGGUUACGCAGGAGGAAUUGGAUACCGUAGUCCACGAGUGCAAUAAAAAGGAGGACAUAACUCAGACUCUGGUGUCCCGUGUUAAGGAGGUGGAGGAAGAACGGGCUAAGCUGCAGCAGACGGCCAGUGCCCAACAGUCUCAAAUGGAAAAAUACAAAACCCUGAUGGAUGAGGCAAGGAAGAAACGUGACGAGUUUGAGCAGCAACUGGCUGCCAUGGAAAAGGAAUUAGAGCGUCUAAAACAAGUUCAGAAACAGGCAUCGAGCAGUCAAAAUGCAACGGAGGUUCGCCUGAAUAGAGCUCUCGAGGAAGCCGGAAAGCAUAAGCAGGAGUUGGAGAAACUGAAGCAGACUACCAAGGAUGCAAACUUUCAAGAAAACCAACAAAUAGAACUGCUAAAAGAAGAGAAAAAAUAUCUGGAAAAAGAGAAAGGAGAAUUGGUGUCUGUCUUUAAAAAACAGCAAAAAUUAAUUGACAUUUUAAAAAGACAAAAGAUGGAGAUAGAAACUGCCAAGAUGUUAUCAUUCUCUGAAGAGGAGUUUAUGAAAAUCCUGAAAUGGGACAAUGCCUCUGACAGCUGAGCGUACCUAAUUACUGUUUCAUUUGCCUGCACUAGUUAGUUGAAGAUGUUAGUACUUGAUUAGAAUUUGUAAGUUUUUUGAAAUGUUUCAGUUUUUAAAGGAUUAUUGCAUCUUGCUUGAGAAUCGAGGGGGAAAAGCUAGAGAAUGUGGAUGAAAACAAUCCGGGCUAAAAAUGUCAAGAAUAGAUAAAGUUACAUUUGGUUUAUCAUUCAGCUGAAUUCUGUUCAGCAUGAAUAUGAUGCUAAAGAGUGUGGUAAAUGCUUAACGGUUUUUGCACAAGAAUUUAAAAAGGCAAAGGAAUCAUUACUUUUCCACACUUCUGUCGUGCAUUGCUGUUGGAGCAUUUUUACUUGUGGCAAUGUAUGAAACUAUCACCAGUCCUAGUCACUGAAAGGGACAGUAACUUUUGUUGUCCUAGUAGCGUAAAAAAACGAAACCACAGUUGAAGAUCGAACAACCUUUUCUAAUGACUUGUCAAGCCCCUGAAAAUUUUCGUUUUGUUUCAAUUUUGCAUAUUAAAAUGUUGCCGAGAGCCUU